AUGUUGGCGAGGAGAGGCGCUCUCUAUAAAGGUCGGUCACUUACCCGUCCUCCAGGUGUCGGGCGCAUCCUCCUCAAGCUUCGAGCAAAGUCCCAUAACUCUACGCAACACCGACACUUGCACACCAUCACCAUGCACUUCCCUAUUGCCUCACUCGGCCUCCUCGCCGCCGCGGGCAGCACGCUCGCGGCCCCGGCUCUGAACACCCGAUCCGAAGCAGUCUCGGCCAUGGCCACGGUCCCUGAAUGGAUCAUCAGGUCGUUCACCCGCACCUGCAACGCCGACGACACGUCCUGCACCGUCUCCUUCGGCGUCGACACGCAGACCGCGCCCGUCACCAACUGUUCAUACACCGUCACCGGCGCGCCGGCCAGCCAAACGUCUACGAACGGCAUCUCCUGCGGCCCCUAUACGAUUUCCUCCAGCUGGAGCGGGCAGUUUGGCCCCGGCAACGGGUUCACCACCUGGUCCGUGGUGGACUGGAGUCAGCGGCUCAUCGUUUGGCCCGCCUAUUCCGACAAGGAGCUAGUCAACGGUGUGGCAGUUACACCUGACAAAAGCUACGCGCCCCAGACGCUGGCCUGAGACUGGGCAUGUAGGGGGUGAGAUGUCGCCAGAGGGGGAUCUGAGAGGGAUUAUAGCUAGACGAUAAUGGCUAAUCUGUAUUUUGGACUCGAAGCAUCAAUCGUUACUUGUGACAUGUGACUUUUGUCUGGUCCCAGCCGCUCACGGCGCCCAAGCGUGGGACUGGGGCUUUGAAGAAUGUAAUUGGGUUUCGGUGACUAUGUGCGCUGCUCGAUAUGUGGAUGGGUGCUGGGUAAGCCGCGCCUUCUGUGCUGGGACGUUAAUGGCUUGCUACGUCCAGUGGGCUAUUGAGGACUUGGUUGCGGAGUGAGAACGCCCACAGGUCAAUAGAGCGCUGAAGCAGCGCCCCCCGCGCUUGGUGGCCAACGGUCCAGCAGUCUCCCUAU